GUCUAUAAUUUUGACAACGUCAAUCAAGCAUCAUGGGCUACCUCAAAAUGAAAACCUUUUAAUCAAAUUAAUAAAGUAACCCAUAUCCGAACAUGAUUCCGUUGCAAAACUGAAUACCUAUUCCGAAAUUCCCACUAUGAAUAUCUCUUAAAAUGGACCGGUUAAAAAUCUGCCAAUUUGUCAAAAAUACCAAGAACCUAACCUAGCCGAACAAUAAACUUUCAUUUUCAAUCACCAAAGAAACCAGAACAAUCUUACAAUGACUGGAAGUGGUUUCCACCGCAAAUGCCAUAUGGCUUACACCUCAUCAGUGUCUCGUCCAACCACACCCAAAUCCGCUACACUGAGCAACCAUCGCGAACACUCGGCUGAUAGAGACGAACGUCGUCAUGAUACUCAACGAGAGUCGAGCAGUGCCAAGCUCUGCUAUAUAAAAGAUGGCGUACAGGUUAAAGAGAAAAAGUCACGUGAACCUAAACCAGAAGAGAAGAGAGAAAAACUAGGCAGAUUAAGUGAUGUCUCUAAACCACCAACUAAAUUUUAUCCACAACGCAUCAUGGAUGUCCAUGUGGAGGACAACUUUUUAAAAAACCCUGUCCCCGUCGAAGGGCGACCAAAGUCAACUCCGAUAAAGAAAAUAAACUUUCAGACUCGAGUUGACGAGAAAAAAGAAGAGGAGCCGAAAGAGUCGACGGGGCGCAUGGACUGGAAGGACUAUCAUCGACUGAGUGUAAUCCAUAAGUUCAUGGACGAUUUGGAACAGGACUUUCCAUCGCUGUGCACUACUGGUGUAAUCGGCCAGUCAGUUGAAGGUCGAAAAUUAAAAAUCUUGAAGAUAUCAAAUAGCAACGCGGGAAACGUCAGCGUGUGGUUGGACGCAGGUAUACACGCACGGGAAUGGAUCGCUCCAGCUGUGAACACGUACAUCGCAGAUCAAAUAACAAGGCACUUUGACACUAUGCCUGAGAGUAUAAGGAAUAAAGACUGGUACUUCCUUCCCGUAGUAAAUCCGGACGGUUACGAAUACUCACAUACUAUUGAUCGCCUGUGGCGCAAAAACCGUGCCUGGCAUUGCGGGCAAUGCGUUGGAGUAGACCUUAAUAGGAACUUUAGUCUUGGUUGGGGCGGCAAAGGAUCGUCAGACCAACCCAACAAUGCAUUCUAUAGAGGCCCUCAUCCGUUUUCUGAACCUGAGUCUUCAGCUAUGCGGGAUUUAUUUCUUAACUCUGGACUAAAGUUCAAAGUGUACAUCACACUUCAUAGUUUCGGUCAAAUCAUUAUAUUCCCUUACGCAUGCAGCUCUAAUCUUGCUCCUGACUACGUGCGACUACUCCAAGGAGCCACAGCUAUGUCAAAGGCCAUCUAUGACACAAAUGGUAAUACAUAUAAAGUGGGCAUUUCAAGGGACGUCAUGUACGGAGCAGCUGGCACCAGCAACGACUUCUCGUACGGCACAGUCGGCAUCCCUUACUGCUACCUCAUUGAACUCAGAGACAAGAAGCACAAGUUCAAAUUACCGAAAGAAGAAAUCGAAGAAACUGGUAAAGAGAUUCUUAGUUGCAUAAUAGCGUUGAUGGAGUUUGUUGACAACAGCAAAUCUUCAAGAUUUGAGAAAAAGUCCAAAGAUCCUGAAGAACCACAUGCAAAGAUAGCAGACGCUAAUGUCGAAAGAAUCGAUUCUGUUGUUGAUAGAAGUGAAUAUUACAUAAAAAAGAUCAAUAAUAAUCUAAAGCACGCAAAUUUUUAUUUAAAUAAAAAUAGCGAUGGUGAUAUAAAGUGGGACGUACAGAAGUUUGAUUGCGAGGUGCAGAAGGGCGAUUCAUUCAUCAAAACGAAAGUUUCACAGUUUCCUGAAAGUGAUUCUGGCACUCAGAAAUGCGAACAUUACGUACGCCAAGAUGACCGCUAUGUCUUGAAACAGGAGUCCGAGCAUUACGAACCUAAAGUUUUAUGCGAGAGCAAGAACUCGUUUGAUAGAAAAGUCGAAUAUUUCGAAAAAAAAGUCGAGCAAAUGAGAGAUACUCUCUCUCAAAACGAGAACAUUUUUGACGAAGAUAGUGAUACUUACUCAGUGAAAGAUAAAUAUUGUCACAUAACAGAUGACGAUUUUCCCGAAAAAAGCCUUGUCGGCCGACAACAGUCUUCUGAGGAGGCUGAUUUAAGUAUGAAAAUUCAUUUGAAAAUGUUUAUUAAGCACCUAAGAUAUAAAAGUUACAGAGAAGAUCUGAGGGUGAUAUCAAUGGACGAAAUUUUCGGCGGGAUAUUAUUUUUCAUGCUACAAUUUAUAAAAGCGGCGAAGCGCCAGUCGAUCAAUAUAUGGAAAGAGGAACGUAGUACUAUGGACAUUAUGGUCGAUGGCAACAGAACUGGUCAAGUCGCUGGAAUGUUACACGAGAGAGAAAUCCCUUAUUCUGUUGCUAUACCUGACGUUACAGACCUCCUUGAGAAGGAAAACGGUUCCCGUCAAUCUAUACCAAGGAGGGCUUAUUUUCUUAUCCCGGGUCUAACGAUGGAUUGGAAGAACUAUCACAGGCUGGAUGCAAUUUACGCUUUCAUGGACAACUUGGCUGCAGAAUAUCCAUAUCUAUGUCAAGUUAGUGUGAUCGGGAAGUCGGUGGAAGGAAGGGAUAUUAAGAUGCUAAAAAUUUCGAAUGGCAACGAGAAUAACGCCGGCGUAUGGAUUGACGGAGCCAUCCACCCUCGCGAGUGGAUCAGUCCAUCAGUGGUGACUUACAUUGCAGACCAGAUUGUCCGGACAUUUAAUGAGUUGCCCAGUAGCGUCACCAACAAAGACUGGUAUAUUCUUCCAGUGAUGAAUCCAGAUGGGUAUGAAUACACUCACACACACGACAGAAUGUGGCGGAAAAACCGAGCGCGGUACGGCGAAUGUGUCGGUGUCGAUCUUAAUAGGAAUUUCAGUUAUGGUUUCGGUGAAAAAGGAGAUGAAGGUUCUUCAGAUGAUCCGGGAAAUAUAUUUUACAGAGGACCGAAAGCCUUCUCUGAACCAGAAACGGCUGCAGUCAAGCGUGCAAUAGUGGAAGCGAAGACCGCGUUCAAGGUGUUCCUGUCGUUCCACAGCUAUGGUGAGGUCAUCAUCUUCCCUUGGGGCUACACCAGUGAACCAUGCCCCGAUUACGUCGAACUGCUAGAAGGAGGAACCGCUAUGGCAAAGGCAAUCCACCAAGUAAACGGUCACACAUACAAGGUAGGCAGCACAAAAGACCUUAUGUACUACGCCGCAGGGACCAGUAUCGAUUGGAGCUACGCAGUCACCAACAUCCCAUACUCCUACAUGGUCGAGCUCAGAGGGAAAACCCACAGGUUCCUUCUGCCUAAAGAAGAAAUUAUCACAACGUGCGUAGAAGUACUGAACGGGGUUUACAGGUUGAUGGAUUUUGUGGACAGACGAUGUAAAGGGACUGAUACAUGCCCUUGUCCCAAAUGAAAAAUAAGAAACAUUGAGACCUCAUGAAGAACCGAUCAAGCCGACAUCGAGAAUUUAACCAAAUUUUACAGACAUAAGUUUAAUUCAGAGUUACAAAAUCUUGGAAUAUUACUGUUGAAAACUAUUUGUCAUCUUUAACGGGGAUGGCUUGGUAAUUUUCUCUAUUGGGCCUCAUAACAGUAACAUUAUUUAACUAACCAUGUCUGCCACGUAUUUAUAAGUAAUUGUCUAAAUGAAAUGCAUUAUACAACAUAACAACUAAGA